AUCAGCUUGAUGGAAUCGUGAAAGUUGCAUAAAUGAUAUCAUGUUAUUUCGGAAAACAUUUCAACUGACUUAAAAAUGAGACAUCAUAAUAUUAUUUCAUUUCUCACAAUAUUUUCCUUUUGGUGGAUAACAGAUGGAAACUUAAUUUUAGUUGAUAUUUACACAAAAGAGAACAUUUUCAGUGAUAUUAUGUGUAAUGACGGAAAAUUAAUAACACUAAAAAAUACUAGAUCAGCAUUGAUAUGUGCUAAAGUUUGUGCUCUAGCUUCAACCUGUGUUUCUUUUUUCUUCAAUCGAAGUGGAACUUGUCAACUGCAUAAUGUAAGCGUAUCCGACACUGUAGGUUGUAUUAAGCAUUCGGAUACAUCUUAUUAUGUACUAAAAGAUUUUAAACCUGAAACGACAACGACUUCAAAUAUAGCGCCAACUUCUGUAGAAUUGCUAUCAUCGUCCGAAACAACGAUCCUGCCGUUCCAGACAACAAGUAGACCAUUAUCAUGUGACCCAGACUGGUUAUUGAUUGAUGCUAGCUGUUAUCGGAUUACGCCUCCCGAUACUAUCACUAAACAGGAAUGGCAAAAUGCGUCGGAAAUUUGUAAAAAUAACGGUGGUUAUUUAGCAACCUUAGAAACAGCGGAUGAAAAUCAGCUGGUAAAAGAUUAUGUAGGGUCUUUAGGAUCAAAAGAUUUUUUUAUUGGAGGUUCUGACCUACAAACUGAGGGCACUUUUCUGUGGGAACACAGCGGUGUCCUUAUAAAUUUGCACGGCAGUGGAUUGUUCUAUGAUUGGAUGUCAACAAAUCAGCCAGAUAAUGGCAAUGGUAACCAGCAUUGCAUGGUACUAGCUGGACGAUACGGUCAUAAGUGGAAUGACGUUCAGUGUACAGUUGCAAGAGCUUUCAUUUGUGAGAAAGAUCCAGCAUAACAUAUUGUCCCUGAAUAACUUGUCUUGCUCAAAGUAGUACCACAGCGUUUUAUUGUGGUUUUUAUAUAGUCUUUUAUUUUCUAUUUUGCAGUUAGAAGUUUAAGUUUUUUUUAUCAAUAUAAACAGUCUUUAACUUAUCUCUUAACAUUUAAGAUAACCAUGCACGGAGUAGUUACCUAGCAAAAGACAGGUACAUGCAUAUGUAGUUUAUAGGUUAUGCUAGUUCAUACUCACGAAGAGAAAAAAAUAUAAUAUAUAUCAUAUAGGCAGCUUUGAAAUGCUAACAUAUUUUCAAACGAAGCAGUGUAUUCAUGAUGAAAUAGAAAUAUAAUAAUGUCGAAACAUUUGGAGAUGUGUUUAUCAAGCUUUAGAAAUUGUUUCUUUUUUUAUGGUUUUCAUGAUUUUUGAUUUGGGAUAGGGGAUCUAUCUUUUAGAAAACUAUGAAAAAUAUUUACAGUCCAAGGCUCUUCUUUUUAUCGUUUUUACAGUUUAUAUAUAAGGGGAUUGUUCAGAGCUAAAAAAAAAUACUAGUAUUCAUAAAAUGAAUUAAACCUGGAACAAAUACUAAACAUACAUUUUGUUAAUGAUUGCAAAAUAUAACUUCCUUUAUAACACCCAGUUCAUUUAAUAAACAUACUAAAAAGUAAUUAUUCAAUAUUCAUAUAAUAGUGAAUUAUUGUCGUUCAUACACGCUUUUGUAAUUUCAAUUUCAUUACUUUGUAUUGUUUGCAAUUGUGUGUUAUGCUGCAUUAUAUUGAUCUGUAUUAGUUGGGUUUGUUUUUACAAAUGUAUAAUAAAUAUAAAGA